AUGGCCAUGGCGUCGGGAACCGAGAGACCAACACAGUUCAAUAAUAAUGGUGAACUGUCUGGUCGAUCUACAGAUGGCCAAAUUGAGGAGACGGUGUCCACUACCCCUGCGCGGCGGACUGCUAGUGAAGCUGGCAUGUCAGAGCUUCCUCGUCCCACAUCCACUAUUAAACGCAGGGCCCAUACCCAACCUCAGGUACCUAGGUUAUCCUCCCCUGUCUCUGCCCCGGCCUCGACCACCGACUCCAUCGUCUCUUCACGCGAGACUUCACCGGUUCGUGAUUCUCUUCGAGCGGUCAAUUUGACAUCCGUCGAUAACGAUCUGUCACGUUCUCGCCAAAGUAGUCGAAGCCGGGAACGCAGCUCGCCCAGACUUGGUACCCGCCCCUUCGAGCAGAAGACGCCGUUGACGACAGCGACGACCACAACCGAACCUCCUUUCAAUGCACCCAGCCUUGAGAAAUCCAACAUGGCGCCAUGGACCCCUGGGCGACGGACAUUUACGGAACAGAAUCAGCCGAAUAUGUCGAGCAAGCGAUCCGCAGUGCUGCCGGUGGAGGAACAAAGUCCUGACCACACUCCCAAGGCGGAGUCUCAUCCAUGGGACCGCAGCACGCCUCGGGCGGUAGGUAGGGUAAAUGCCGGCGGGCCGGGUUCACUCGAGACGGUUCAAGAGAUGGCUAGCGACCCGUCGACUCCAUCAGCCGACACUAUCAUAAAUAUGCCCCCGCCAGAUGAGCCUCGGUUGCAGAAGAUUGAAGAAGAUCCGCAAGCAAAGGCAUCCAGGCAGAACGUCGAGAGUGGCAGUGAAAGCGGUGGCAAUAACAGGGGAUUGGAAAUGAGGGAACAACCACGCCGUCAGCCAUCCGGGACGAGACCGAGGGGUGAUAUUUUGCCGAAACGCUCCACGACAUCUUUGAGUGGUUCCCGUGGUAAGCCCACCGAUGGAUCCGUCAGAAACAUGAUUGUGGAGACAGAGACGGUCAGCUCGAUCCCUCAGGUAUCUUUAGCGACGGUGACCGGUGAUCGUGGCGUCUCGGGUCGGACGGAGCCAAACACUCUCCGAAUGAAGCCCAGCACAGAGACGAUUCGGCCAAAGAAGGAAAAGAAGAGGACUCGCAAACCCGCUGCGGCGGCGUCAUCGAAGGCGGACAUUUUUGAAGCCAAGGUUGCGAGCGCCGUUGAUGAAGCAGACGUUUCAGACUCGGAUGAAACAUUUGUCUACGAGUCAAACCCACCCGAUCCGUACCCUGCCAGGCAGCACCGAUAUCACUCGCGUACUCCCAGCACAACAUCGAUGGCGAGCCAGGCCGAACAAUAUACAGGGCGACCGCGCCCCGGGCUACGGGAUGGGAAUCACAGUGUGACGGGCAAGCGCAGUAUGAAGUUUACAAAUAAUACCUAUAAUGGCAGCAGUGUGGAUGGAGACGCUGGGGAUGUGGAUGGCGGCGGUCGUGGCAACUCCAGAGUCGACGGAAGCACUACCCCGCGUCAUCUCCAUAUUGGGCGACAUGGGCGGAGUGGGAUGUAUCCGUCCCUGUUCGAUAGCGAUUCUCCCUUCGACCAGGCACAACCGCCAUCGAGAUCUCCCCGACACUUUCCAGGUUUCCGGCGGGAGAGACAUGGAGGAUCUCGUGCAGCCCCGAACUAUCGCACCAUGGGUGGUUCCAAGAAAACUGGCGACGCCUUCGGUUACGACUACGAUGCAGAAGGUGCCGAUGAUGAACGCACACCACUUGUGACUCCACGACCGACUCGCAGCCGCCACGGUCGGCGACCCAACAGUGCGGCUUUCCGACACAUGGAGCAUAUGCGAUAUCGUGAACGGGGGUUCCUUUUCCGAUAUGGCGCUUGCAUCAUCAUCAGCCUUCUUCUACUAUUGCUCGUCGGCGGCUCUACGACAUUUAUUGUUGCUGUGACGAAACCUCUGCUUGACCUGGAGGUCAAUGCUAUCCAGAACGUGCUCGCAUCGGAGCAAGAGAUCAUGUUGGACCUCAACGUGCAAGCUGUAAAUCCAAAUCUCUUCCCUGUGGCUGUUGAUGACCUGGACGUGAAUAUCUUUGCCAGAAGCCGUUUUGUCGGAACUGACAACGCCUGGCGUGACCGCUCGCAAUUUCCACGUGAAGAGCACAUCGAGGGCUCGAGCCAACUGAAGGUCGACAUUACGCGUUGUCUUGACCGCGACGACGACGCAUGUCGAGAGGAAUCAUCCUCGGGCUCUGUGCACAUUGUGGACGGUGUUGACAGAGGAACCGACCCUAUCAACCCGACUGAUCCUGUGGGAGAUUCACAGACCAUGUUGCUUGGCCGGGUUUUCCUCUUCGAUUCGCCUAUCAUUUUUGAACCGUCCCCUUGGAAUCAUGUGAAAUCUAUUUCCAAAGGUCAGAUUCGCCUAGCACGACCUGGUAACAAGACUGAGGAGGGUGGUACGGAACGGUGGGAGCGAGUCCUGCAGCAUCCAUUUGAGCUGAUUGUGCGCGGUGUAGUCAAAUAUCAACUGGCUCUAAGCUCCCGGAUUUAUUCGUCCCCAAUCAGUUCAAGCGUCCAGGUGAUCCCUAACGACGAUAAUCAUCAGGGGAACGGCACCACGUUAAUGGAGACUGCCAUAAGGGUUCUGCCUUCGCCCGACUCGUCUGACGGUGAUCUUGAGGAUCAUGGGAAUGAAUCGUCAAGGAGCGCAGCAAGAACAACCGCGACGGUUCCCCAACGUUUUACUGCUUGA